UAACAUUGAAAUUCGGGUUUUGGUGCUAAAAAGGGCAUUACAACCCGGACCUCCAACAUAGCAUUCUGGCUUACAACCCCGCUUUCUUCAGAUUGCAGUUCAUCCACAACUGGUUUGCAUCUCCUCGCUCUGCUCAAACUUUCACUCCCACGACCCAUCCACCAUUAAAAUGGCUCCUCCCGUUGUCGGCCACCGCAUCCCUCUCGCCCUCCGGCAGCUCGUAUCUCUACCUUCACAUUUUCCAACUCACAAUAACCUCAAUGAGCUCUUCACGCUCCAGGAAUGCCUCCACCUCCUCGGGCCACCGCCCGCCUUACAAAGGAGUGCGCUGCCGCAGCAGCGGGAAAUGGGUUUCAGAGAUUCGCGAGCCCAAGAAGCCCACCAGGAUAUGGCUCGGGACCUUCCCAACUCCCGAGAUGGCAGCGAUUGCCUAUGACGUCGCGGCCCUAGCGCUCAAGGGUCAAGAGGCCGAGCUGAACUUCCCGAACUGCGCGGCUUCGCUGCCAGUCCCUGCCUCCACCUCAUCCCGUGACAUCCAGGCUGCCGCCGCCAGUGCCGCUGCCGCAGCUGGGGCGGCUGGGGAUGGUUUGCUUUGGAGCAGAGCGGGCGAGAGGAGUGGGAAUUAUCGUGUGUUCGUGGAAGGGGAUGAUUCUGUGGCUGUUGAUGAUGAUGGUUUUGUUGACGAGGAGAUGAUAUUUAACAUGCCUAAUGUUAUCGCCAACAUGGCGGAGGGGAUGCUUCUUAGCCCUCCUCAUUUGGAUGUUUCCGGGGACGACGGCAGCUCCGAUGGCGGCGGAUCUCACAACCUGUGGAGGUUCCCUUAAGUUAUAUCCAAAAAAAUUUUACUUCAUUAUCUAUGCUUUUCCAUGGAAAAUUUGGUCUGUCCAGGAGUGAUAUUGAUAGGGUGACACGUCGUGCAAAUUAUGAAACUAAAAAAAAUUACUUAAGCUAACAAUGCGCACAUGUCAUGCUAUCGGUAUUGCUUGUGGAUACUAAUUCUUCCACGGGAAACAUAUGAAUAAUGAAGAAAAACCAAUUACUUAUCUCCAUAUAAAAAAAAAUAUAACUUAAACCUCGUAACGAUAAGAAUAAUAGAAGUGGAAUGGCUAUUCCUCUAUCGAAAAGUUGAAUGCAGGAGAAGCUCUUGGCAGACCUCUCUGUAUCACUUGUCUAUAAACGUUUCUUCGUUCGUUGUUGGGAGUGGCUCUUUUUAGUAACUUAAUUUCUUUAUAUCUUGAAAUGUUGUGGGAAAUUGGGAAGAUAUCGCAAUGUAAAUAUAAGUUCCUUAAUUGCUAUUAUUGAACACUUUGUGGUAUAAA